CCAGCUGGGCCCCAGCAUGGCUGCCCCCAGCGCUGCGGGUCGGGAAGCCUCCGCGUUCUCGUUUCCCUGACAGUCCCGGCUUCUGUGCUCUCCUUCCCCUCCCCAGGCCACUCGAGCAGACAUGUUUGCCAAGGCCUUUCGGGUCAAGUCCAACACGGCCAUCAAGGGGUCGGACAGGAGAAAGCUUCGGGCUGAUGUGACCACUGCUUUCCCCACUCUUGGAAGAGAUCAGGUCCCUGCCUUAGUACCUGGAAAGGAAGAGCUCAACGUUGUGAAGUUGUAUGCUCACAGAGGGGAUGCAGUGACUGUGUACGUGUGUGGUGGUAACCCCAUCCUAUUUGAACUGGAGAAAAACCUGUAUCCAACAGUAUACACCUUGUGGUCCUAUCCUGACCUUCUCCCAACGUUCACAACAUGGCCUCUGGUGCUCGAAAAACUGGUCGGGGGAGCAGAUUUGAUGCUGCCAGGCCUGGUGGUGCCCCCUGCUGGUCUGCCGCAGGUACAGAAGGGGGACCUCUGUGCCAUUGCCUUGGUGGGGAACAGGUCCUGCUGAGAUAAUUUACGAAAUUAUUCUUCAUGCCAAAAGAUAGUUGUUUAGGGAAAUCCAGGGGGCCCACAGCAAGAAAAUAACUAGCCUCUUAGGAAAAGGAAAAAUAUACAGGCAAUAUAAUCCAUAACUAAAUGAUUGACAAUUUCAGGACUGGAAUGGUUCAUUCUGACUAACUGAACUGUUUCUCUGGCUACUUCUGACUGUUAGAGCUGCAGGCUUUAAAGAAUUGUUCACCUGCAGAUGUUCAUAGAGGUCUAUCAGAAUACAUUUAGGUUCUGUAUGAACUAUAUAGAGUAAGGAAAACAUUCAAAGAAUUUUGAAAAGCAGUACAUUUAGCCCAUUUAAUAAACUGGAACAAUAUUAUAACCACACCAGGUAAAGAAAUGUUUUAAAAUGAGAAAAGUGCUGCCUGUCCUUAGAAGGAGCACAGGAAAUAGUUUAAUUCCUUCCAUUUCCAAAGGUGGAUUUAUUUUUAUAAUUACAUUGAUAGUUUUAAUUUUGCUUCAAAAUGUAUGUAACAUAUUUGACACUUAAUAUUACACACUAAUAUAAGACAGUAUGUGUAUCUUUGUGUUACUAAGAAUAUUUUCACAUUUUAUAUCUCUCCUACUUUGUUUCAGACAACUCAGUCAAAGCAAUAAACAUUUUUCAGUGUUGACUGUCUGUCAACAAUCUGGUUCCAGGGACAUAAUGAUGAAUAAAACACAGUCCUUUUCCUCAAGGAUCAUACAGUAUAUAUGAAGGGUCAGGGAAUUAGAUAGGAAAACAAAUAAUAUAAGAAAAAUAUAUUAUUUCUUUAAAUUGAUUUUGUACUUAAUAUUCCAGCAUGAUUAUUAUCUGAUGCUAUUAUUUUCUAUAAUAUCAUUUCAGUGAAUACAUUAUUUACUGUUGUUAACAUAUAAUUAGCAUGACCAGUCCC